AUGAGUUGGAAACAAAUUUGCAAGGACAAAAACAUCAGAGGUCUUGGCAUUAGAGGGAUCGAAGGUUUCAACUUGGCAUUCUUGAGAAAAUGGAAGUGGAGAUUGCUGACAAAAAAGGCUAUUUGGUACGAUGUUUUGACGGCUAGAUGUGACAACUUCGAACAACUUAUUCUGGAUGGAAUUUGUAUGGAAAUGUCAAGUUUACUAUUGGAGAAGGGUCUUACACCCCAUUAUGGUAUACUGAUUGGUAUGGUACUCAUAUCUAUUCUAUGUUUCCUAAUUUAUAGUGUUAGUAGGUUGAAAUCUGAAAGGGUGAGUAAUAUGGAUGCUUGGAUCAACGAUUCAUGGGUUUAG